AUGGCCGCGGCUUCUCCUCCCCUCCUCCCCGUCUCCGUUAUCCCGGCGGCCACCGCCGCGACCGCCACCAUCGUCCUCCCCGCCCCGGACACCUCCUCGGCGGCCAACCAGCGCGCCUAUCUCGCCCGCCUCCUCGACUCCGCCAAGCGCUCCCUCUCCGGCGCGCGCCCGUGGGCCGAGCUCCUCGACCGCGCGGCGCUCAGCCGCCCGGACUCCCUCGCCGACGCCACCGCCCGCGUCCGCAGGAACCUCGCCUACUUCCGCGUCAACUACGCCCUCCUCGUCGCGCUCUCCCUCGCCGCCUCCCUCCUGGCGCACCCGUUCGCGCUCGCCGCCCUGCUCGCGCUCCUCGCCGCCUGGUGCGCGCUCUACCUCCUCCGCCCCGCCGACGCGCCCCCGCUGGCGGCCUUUGGGAAGACCUUCUCCGAGAGGGAGACGCUGGGCGGGCUCUUGGCGGCGUCGGCGUUCGUCGUCUUCGUGACCUCCGUCGGGUCCAUCGUCUUCUCCGCCCUCGCGGCCGGCGCCGUGCUCGCCUGCGCGCACGGCGCGUUCCGGGUGCCCGAGGAACAGCUCUUCCUCGACGACGACCUGCAGCCUGGCGCUGGAGGAAGAGCGGGCUCCUCCGUCGACCUGCUCUCCUUCUUCACCAACGCCGCGGGAGGAGGAGGCGGGCGCGGCUGA